GCAUUUGCUCUUUAUAAGUACAGAUUCUAAUGGAGAGCUUCACCCCGUGCCAAAGCCUUUCCUAGAUACUUCUCUAAGUUCCAAUUCCACACCCUAAUUUACUUAUCUUAACAAUCUCACAAAAACCAUGGGUUUCCGCCUUCCAAGAAUUGUUAACGUUAAGCAGAGUCUGAAAUGGACUCUUUCAUCAUCGGCGAAGACAAUGGUGCCUAAAGGCCACUUUGUUGUUUAUGUUGGAGAAGAUGAAAAGAAGAGAUUUGUAGUCCCGAUAUCAUUACUGAAGCAUCCUUCAUUCCAGAAUUUGUUGAGUGAAGCUGAAGAAGAGUUUGGUUUCAAUCACCCUAUGGGUGCUUUGACAAUCCCUUGCAGCGAAGAAACUUUUGUUGAUCUCAUUUGCAUCCUGCAAAGCUCUUGGGAAGAAAUGGCAUGAAAAUUGGCUAACCAAGCAGAGAUUGACUGAUCUUUACCUCAACUGACACCACCAGAAUUUUAUUGUUUAGGAAGCAAGUGUGUAAGGCGGAUUGUUUUCUGCAAUCCCAUGCCCUUGUCAACUAUAUUAAUUUUUGUAACCAAAAUAUAAAUGACAUUUUUUUCAGAGGAAGCCUUUCGUUUCA